CGGGUAGUUAUCUGAAGAUCACAAGCUGACUGACAUGGUGGCUACCAAGCAGCUCCACUCUCAGCUAUGUGGCGGCCACUGCCAGCUGCACCACCGGCCGGCGCGUCGCGGCGAGGAGAUCACCGGCGGCGCCGAGAGUGGUGGUGCCGGCGGGGCAUUGGUGGUCCUGACGCUCGGCUCCGGCGCGGCGGCUGAAGACGACGGCCGCCGCUCGCGCUGCUGCUGCCGUUCACGUGCUGCCGGCGCCGCGCCGGAGACGAUGGUGUCGGCGCUGCGUGGCUCCAGGUACCUGCUUCCGGCGCAGGAGCUGCUCCGCGAGGCUGUGUCCAUGGGGGAGGUGGACCCCGCCAUCGCUAGCGCGCGGCGAGGUGACGACGAGGGGCCGAUGAGAGAGGGUGGCGAUCGCGCUCGGGCGGAGGCGAGCCUCCCGUACGACGGCAAGAGCGGCGGCGUCCAGGCCAAGCUCCUCAGCCUUCUCAGCGAGCUGGAGAGCCGGCACGAGCACUACUUCGGGGAGCUGAGGAGGGUGUCGGCGUCGUUCGAGCCGGCGCUCGGCGCCGGCGCGACGGCCGGGUACACGGCCCUCAUGGCGCAGGCCAUGUCGCGCCACUUCGGCAACCUGCGGCGCGCCAUACUGCGCAAGCUCAGGCUCCACGCCGCGGCGGCGGCUAGGAGGUCGGCGCUGCUGCGGCUGGCCCAGGACGGCGACGAAGAAAACGACGAUGACGGGGGCGACGCCGACGCCGACGGCGAAGACGACGACGACGACGAGGACGUGGUGAACAGGUUGGUCCGGCGGACGAAGCACGCGGCGGCGGCGCGGGCGGAGCAGGCGUGGAGGCCGCUCCGGGGAUUGCCGGAGGACUCCGUCGCCGUCCUCCGGGCAUGGCUCUUCGACCAUUUCCUCCACCCGUAUCCGAAUGACCAUGAGAAGCUCAUGCUGGCCGUGACAACGGGUCUAAGUAGAACCCAAAUAUCGAACUGGUUCAUCAACGCGCGGGUGCGGCUGUGGAAGCCCAUGGUGGAGGAGAUGUACAACGACGAGUUCUCCGACGACUCCAGGGAGGACGACGUCGGCGGCGCUUCGUCCUCCUCGUGAACUCCUCGCCGGCCGGAGCGGGCGUCCGCUCCAGUUCAUCGUCCUCGACGGAGAGCCCGAUAAGCUGGGUGACGGACGCAUCAGAAGCUAUAUAUAUAUCGUUCUAAGAAUUAUUUUUUUCCCGAACUUUUUGGUCGUGUUUCCGAAGAGAUUUGCGUUUAGUUUAGUUUUCUAGUGAAGUUUUUGGAUGCAGAAGCUUCGGUUUGUGGGUAGUGUAGUUCUCCUUGCCGGAGUGGUCGAACUCGAGACCUGCAGCUCUGGAGGUAUUUAUUUGAAUUGGAAGCGAUCAGAUAAGCUUCUGAAUUGAAUGGAGCAGUUAGUGUAAGUUUGCCGGGAAAGCUUGUUGAGAAUAUUCUGUAGUUCAAUCCCAAAUUGACAGUA